GUCUGUUUCUUUUAAAUUACUUGACAUCGCCAUUUUGACUUUUGACAGUUUCGGUUUCUUCCUGAACUUUUCAAGCUUUCACGACUUUCAUCGAAAUUGUGAAUUAAACUAACAUGGGUGCUUGUUUGGCAUUGGGUUCCCUCGCCAGUUGUGCGUCCUGUUUGUGCGGCUCGGCCUCCUGCCUCCUGUCAUCAUGCUGCCCGUCAGCGUUCAACUCCACCGUGAGCCGGCUGGCCUUCUCCUUCCUGCUGCUGCUCGGGACUCUGGUGUCCGUCAUCAUGAUUCUCCCAGGAAUGGAGGAACAUCUGAAGCAGAUCCCUGGUUUCUGCCUCGGUGGCACAUCCAUACCCGGCAUAGACAACAAGGUGAACUGUGACAUCAUCGUCGGCUACAAGUCAGUGUACCGCAUGUGCUUCGCCAUGGCCUGCUUCUUCUUCCUCUUCUUCAUCGUCAUGAUCCGCGUGCGCAGCAGCAAGGACCCCCGAGCCGCCAUCCAAAAUGGGUUCUGGUUCUUCAAGUUCCUGUUGCUGGUUGGAAUAACUGUGGGAGCUUUCUUCAUCCCAGAUGGCAUCUUUAAUACAGUGUGGUUUUACUUUGGCAUGGUGGGCUCGUUCUUCUUCAUCAUCAUCCAGCUCAUCCUGCUGGUGGACUUUGCUCAUUCCUGGAGUCAGUCCUGGCUGGAGAAGGCCGAAGAAGGAAACUCCAAGUUCUGGUUUGCAGCUCUGCUGACCGUCACCUUCGUCUUCUACGCUUUGGCUUUCACGGCUGUCGUGCUUUUCUACGUGUUUUAUACGCAGCCGGACGACUGCACCGAGCACAAAGUCUUCAUCAGCCUCAACUUCAUAUUCUGCAUCAUCGUGUCCAUCGUGGCCAUUCUGCCCAAAGUUCAGGACGCUCAGCCCAGCUCAGGCCUCCUCCAGGCCUCCUUCAUCUCCCUCUACACCAUGUAUAUCACCUGGUCCGCCAUGAGCAACAACCCCAACCGGAAGUGUAACCCCAGUCUGCUGAGUUUGGUCCAGUCCAUCCCUUCGACCCCGGCACCAGGACCGGCGGCUCCCACCCAAGCCCCAGGAAACACCCAGUGGUGGGACGCACAGGGCAUCGUGGGAUUGAUCAUUUUCUUGUUCUGUACUCUUUACGCCAGUAUCCGCUCCUCCAACAACGCCACGGUGAAUAAGCUGAUGCAGACUGAGGAGAACCAGGGGUUGACGAACGACUUCGAGGCGGCAGGGGAAGACGGAGUCCGACGGGCCACGGACAACGAAGAGGAAGGAGUCACCUACAACUACUCCUUCUUCCACUUCAGCCUCUUUCUGGCCUCCCUCUACAUCAUGAUGACCCUCACCAACUGGUACAUGCCCGACACUAACUACGAGGCCAUGCAGACCUCCAUGCCGGCCGUGUGGGUGAAGAUCGGCUCCAGCUGGUUCGGGUUGGGCAUCUUCCUCUGGACCCUGGUGGCUCCGCUCGUGCUCACCAACAGAGACUUCAGCUAAAGGAAUCAACAACGGUGAAGUCUGUCAACGCGUAGCCGACAUUCUGAAGCUAUUUGCACUUUUUUAAGAGAAGAUAGAGCUUUCGCUUCAAAUGAUUUCAUUUACUUUAAAUUUCAAAUUGAAGGAUGAAAAGUUAAAAUCUUUCAUUACUUUGCAGGAAGUUUAAAUUGAGCUUUAAUCCACAUUCCAGGUUUUCCAGCUCAGGUCAUGUUUUCACUGUUAGAAUUAUUGUAAUUGAAAACACUAAAUGCCUUUUUUACACGACCAAAUGAAACUUAAAUGAUCCUUUAGGGAAGUUGAUGACUUCAGUUUUUUAGUUUGUUUUUACGGUUUGAUUUCAUGGAAAUGUGUCCAAAUAAUUAAGAUUUACUUUGUUCUGGUUCCGUGUUUUAUGACACAGCUUUGUUAAAUGUUAUACCAACAGUGCCUUAUUAUAUUUUGCUCACAAGACAUCUUUUAUAUAGUGUUCAGUGUAAAGAUGCUUCAUUAAUAAACUUUAUUCACGUCUCAUUAUAAUCAAUAAAGUUGUUUAAUGUCA